GGGGGAACUCUCCAAGUCACAGCGACCAGUCAACCAACGCCAGUUUGCAUCUCUCCCACAUUGUUGGCGUUUUGUAUGCGCAAACAAACGAAGAACAAAGUGAACUACAUUUACCAUGGCUUUCAUUCGACCCUAUGCUGAUACCGAUUUCGAUGCUACAGCACACAUCUGUAGAGAGACUCUCCAACCGUCAGCCAAAGGCUCUCCAGAUGCUGUGCGACUAGCGCCAUAUAUAUGGACACAUCAAUUCACUCUCUUAUCGCCCUCAACUUGCUUUGUCUUGGACGAUGGCAACGGUCGAGCCGUCGGCUACUGCAUCGGCGCCCCCGACAUUACGGCAUUUUGCGAAGCGUAUCCCCGCUACGUAAAGGACAUUUUGGAGGGACGUGGCAAAGAUAUCGGAGACAUUCGUCUCUUCCCAACCGAUGAGCAGCUAGAGACACGCGCUCCCUGGAUUGACCCAGACACGGGCCGCAUUAGCGAACUGUGCUUGUCCCAGCUGGCUUUUUCUGCCGAUCUCCUGCUCCUGCGUGGUUAUGAUGAUCUUUACCAGCAGGGCUACAGAGCAACCAUGCAUAUUGAUUUGCUGGAUGAGUUUCAAGGCAAGGGCUGGGGAAGAAAACUGCUGGAGAAGGUUGUUGGGAGCAUGAAGGAGGUCGAGAUGCAGGCUCCUGAUGAAAAGGGGACAGCUAAGGGUGUAUGGCUUGGCGUGGGUGGUGAGAAUGCCAAAGUUGUGCCGUUUUAUGAAAGACUCGGGUUUAGAGUGGUGGAGAGGCAGCAGACCUCUACGACUAUUAUCAUGGUUAGAGACUAUUAGGGAGGUAGUUGCGUAGAGAGGUCGUAAUUCGCAUCAAUACAUUCAGCAUCGGCGUAACCCUUUGCUACUACUACUUGAAAAUCAAAAUAAUGUCAAAUACUACUCCAGCGAU